GCGAUCGGUUCGUUUAUUAGUUUUAAUUGAAUGCUAUUACAUAUGUAUUGCGCUAUUAAAAUGCUGAAGUAUGUGCUAUUAGGCAAUAAGGCUGUUGUUGUCAUUAACUCAAUAACUAAAGCUGCAAAUCUAACUGUGCUGUGUAAAUGGUAAAGUUUAUUUGUUUGGGUUUUUGAGUGCGAGUGAAAUGCAAAAUUAAUCAGCAAAAAGUGAAAUCGGUGUCGGCUGCUAAUCAAUGGAAAGGUGUACUAUAUACAAGUGCUUUAGAUACAUAUAAUUUUUGCCGUUAUUGAGUGCGCCUGUUUGUGGGCUUACGUUCUUGCUGCUGGUUCGGCCCGCAUUCUUUGACAUUUUAGAAGGAACAAAUGCUGUUUAAAGUGCUUAAUUAUAUUGCCAAAUAAUAGGAGCUAAUGCCGAAUGCCACGUAAAUUUAAUCAAUCGUAAUGCAGCUCAGUUGUGACAUUUUUUCCUGUUUCCUUGGCAACCAAAUCCUUGUACAUAGCAACAACAAAUGGGCCAGCAAUAACACAAUCAGCUGAUCCGCCAGUGCUGCAAAGGGCUGCCACGCUUAAAUGCAACUGAUCCUCACGAGCGUCGAACGGCGAACGGCGUAAGAAGACGUGCGAAAAUUAUGAUCUUAUCGGGGUAGGAACACCUUCUCACCCGGACUAACCAGAGGAUUGCAUAGAGACACCUGAACUGUGAUACACUAGCCAUAAUUUACAGACUGGACAAUGGUGCGAUUGAACAGGCGCCUGCUGCCCAUCAAGGCACAUUUCUUCUUUUUCAUGGCGGCCAUGGGACCCAUAUUGCCACAACUAGCGGUGAUUGGGAAGCAGAUCGGUGUUCCACCGGAUGUUAUGGGCUACAUAAUGGCCUUCUUACCCUUACUUUAUGUGUUAGCCAAACCCUUGGUGGGUUUCCUGGCCGACUAUUUCACGAGUCUGCGAAAGUUCAUCUUCAUCAUCCUAAUCCUGAUUAUGACACUGGCCUUUGCCGGCUUCUAUUUCCUGCCCGACAACUCCCAUUUCAUUCCAUUGGGGGAAGGCAGUGCCCAAUGGAAUGUGACGUUAUUAGAGAAUCCACCCGAUUGCAAUCCCAGUAUCCAAUCCUCCAACGCAUUUUGCCAAACCACUCACCAGGCAAAAUGCAUUCAGGAAAAGCAAGGAGACGAAUUCUCCGCUCUAAUUGUAGCCAACGAGGCGGGCCUCAAUCUUAGCCAGAAUCUGCUUCAUGGCAACGAGAGUCAUCACAUCUGCCGCACCCAACAACCAAAAACCAGUGAUUGGAACAAUGCAACCUGCGAGGUGCGCCAUGUAAAUAGCUGCAUCUAUGGAUCUGGCAAGUUCUGGCUUUUCGUAUGCCUGCUCUGCAUUGGAAUCGUUGGCUUCAAUGUGACAAACUCCAUAUCCGAUGCCUGCUGCUUUGACCUUCUGGGCGAGGAGGAGGAGGGAAAGUACGGAGCACAACGGGUGUGGGGCACCAUUGGUUUUGGAGCCACGGCCAUGCUAGCUGGAAUCGUGGUCAACUGGUGGACCACGGAUGCGGUCAAAAGUCUGACGCCUGCGUUGGUCAUCAUGUGCGUGUUCAGUUUGCUUGAUCUGUUCAGUGUGUCCAAGCUGAAGCUGCCGAAACUGGGUGGAUCCGAGUCCAUCUGGAGCGAUGUUUGGCAACUGGUACGCCAGCCACCCAUUCUGGUCUUUCUGUUCUUCGCCACGAUGGCUGGCAUCAUUGACUCCUUCAUCAUAUACUUCAUGUUCUGGCACUUGGAGCAGGUGGCUGAAGCCACUGGUUACAUGCACCAGAUCAAGUUGAUCGAAGGUCUAGUGGUGGCCGCCGAGUGUCUAGCCGGCGAGGUGCCCUUCUUCUUCUACAGCGGAAAGAUCAUCAAGAAACUGGGCUAUGUUCAUUGUAUGAGCAUGUGCUUUUUCUUCUACGCUGUGCGACUGUCGCUAAUUGCCUGGAUACCCAAUCCCUGGUAUCUGGUGGGUGUGGAGCUCUUUUUCCAGGGCAUUACCUAUGCCUUGUGCUACACCUGCAUAGUGGCGUACGCCUCGGCGGUGGCUCCUCCGGGUACGUCGGCAACUGUUCAAGGAUUGAUGGCCGGCAUGGACGAUGGGCUUGGAUUUUCCAUCGGCUCCCUAAUCGGCGGGCUGAUGUUUAACAGCCUGGGAGGCCGAGAGAGUUUCAAGUACUUUGCCAUCGCCGCCAUUUGCACAUGCGUAGCACACAUCGUGAUACGUCCCACCUCCAGGAAGAAGCAAUUCCUGCCGAAACAGGGAUACGUGCCGCCCACGGAACAGGAGAUCAAGCUGCCGCCAGCUCAGGAAAUGGAGGAGAUUCGUUUAGGAUAAAUAUAGUAUCACAUGCCAUUUUUCUUGCAUAUUUUUGUACGCAUUUUUUACGUAAAAAAAAAAAAAGACAAGUUGUCCAAAAGUUGAA